AGGUAUCACCAUGAAGUUUUUUUAAAGGUAAAAAGAACGUUCCUAGUCAUUGAUGAUAUUUGUCCAGACUCCAGAGUAAAGCAAAGCAUGUCCACUCAGGUGUUUGAGUGCCCUCCCUUCUCCACUUUUUCUCUCUUCUAUUCUAUAUCUUACGCUCUCCGUCGGGGACAUUAACACACAACACAACACAACCAACUCAAAAUGAGUAUCAGUCAGUUCAUCUUCCUGCUCUUGUCACUCUCUUCUUUCCAUGUUAGUAAUACUUCUCAAGCAAGCAAACAACGUUACCAAUAUUUUUCCAACGUUGAAGCAAAGAUUAAUCCAUUCACUCCCAAAGCUUCUCUCAUACGCUAUUGGAACACCCACGUCACAACCAACCUUCCAAUUCCAAACUUCCUUCUCUCAAAGGCUUCACCUCUCACACCAAAACACUUGGCCACACUCAAUAAACAACCUUUCACUUCUCUCUGCUCCGCACCAAAACUUUUAUGCUCCUUCGAAACGCAACAAAACGACGACGUCUCGGCCCAAAACGGCGCCAACUUCGCCAUUUACUCAAACAAGCGUUUCAGCAACUACGGCUCCUCCCAAAACGGUGGUCUCGACUCGUUCAAGAACUACUCCAACAACAUCAACGCCAACACCGACUCGUUCCGCCGCUACAGCGCCGGAUCCACGCGACACGGUGGCGCGUUCACCUCUUACUCUGAGAACGGCAAUGUCGCCAACACCGAUUUCGCCUCCUACGGCUCCGGCGCCACUGCGAGCUCCGGCGAGUUCCGCAACUACGACAAGCUCGUCAACGUUCCCGACCUCAGGUUCACCACCUACGAUUCCAGCGGCAAGAGCCACAAGCUUUCGUUCUCGAGCUAUGGUAACGAAACGAAUUCAGGAACCGAAACUUUCACGAGCUACGGUAAAAGAGUUCGCAGCGGAACCAGCGAGUUCGAUAACUACGCUGUGAGCUCCAACAUUCUUCAAUCAGAGUUCACGAGUUACAGCGAGUUAGGAUCCGGCGGCACAAAUGACUCGUUCAGGUCUUAUAGCUUCUCCGGGAAUAACCCUAAGAAUAGCUUCAAGAACUACGCCACCGGUUCCAUCUCCGGCACGGACAUGUUCACCAGUUACCGGAACCGGGCGAAUGUCGGCGAAAAUACGUUCCAGAGCUACGCCGGGAAAUCAAACUCCGGCGGUGCGACGUUCGCGAACUAUGGCCAAUCCUUCAACGUUGGAAAUGACACAUUUAUUAGUUACGGGAAAGGGUCUUCGGGUCGGACCCAAUUCGGGUUCAGGUCUUACGGGUUGGGACGCGCGUUCAAGGGUUACAACAAGCAGGGCGCGUCGUUUUCGGAGUAUCGCAAUUUCAGCGCCACCAGUGGCAAAAUUGUAAAUAGGUGGGUCGAGCCCGGUAAAUUUUUCAGAGAAUCGAUGAUCAGAGAAGGAAACGUUGUACCUAUGCCUGAUAUUAGGGAUAAAAUGCCUGAAAGGUCCUUUUUGCCCUUGUCCGUUUCGUCAAAGUUACCGUUUUCUUCCUCCAAGGUUGUUGAUGUGAGGGAAAUGUUCCACGCGCGGGAGGGCUCUGCAACGGAUCGUGUAAUCACGCGCGCAAUGGAGGAGUGCGAGAGAGCUCCGAGCCGAGGGGAAACGAAACGGUGCGUCGCGUCCGCAGAGGGGAUGAUAGAGUUUGCCACGUCAAUGCUGGGUAACAGCGUGAUCUUGCGGACCACGGAGGGCGUGAAUGGUUCCGGCACGAGCGUGAUGAUUGGGACGGUCUACCCAAUCAACGGUGGAGAUGUGACAAAAUCUGUGUCAUGCCAUCAGAGCCUGUACCCUUACCUGCUGUAUUAUUGCCACUCUGUUCCAAAGGUGAGGGUUUAUGAAGCAGAUAUACUUGACGUGGCAACGAAAGAGAAGAUCAAUCAUGGUGUUGCCAUCUGUCACCUUGACACGUCAGCGUGGGGCCCUGAUCAUGGGGCCUUCUUGGCUCUGGGGUCUACCCCUGGAAAGAUUGAGGUGUGCCACUGGAUAUUCCAGAACGAUGUGACGUGGACCACUUCUUGAGGAACAAAAGAUGCAUGGAAGAAGAAGAGACAAGAGAAUCUCUACUUUGGUUUCUUUCUUUUUGUUUAGAGUUAGUACUAUAUUAUUAUUCUGGGAGCUAAUGAGAUUGUAUUGCCAUGCAAAUUAUUGAGAUUUCCUAUGCGGUUAAUAUGUAAUUUUUUGGAAUUUUAAAAAUCGUAA